GUCCUAGUAUCACCUUCUUUCAAAUUUGUACACAAUUAUUUUUACUCACACUUUUAUAACAUUUAAAGAAAGUGAAUAGAUUAAAUUAAUUAAGAAUAAAGCUAGACAUUACUAAUGAAAUUUACUAGGUACAGUAAUUUUAAAGAGUUGUCCCAUUGACAAAGUAUAGUAAUUGUGAAGCAUGACUUGUAAAUAUUUUUUUUGUUGCUCUCACAUAGUUAUUCGGGGUGUAUGGAAAGUGGUUCUGAAAAUUUGUAACUCAUAAUAUUACAGUUCAUUGUACCAUAGCUGAAAUUUCUUAUCUUAUGAUAUUACUAACCUUCUUAAGGAAUUAGAGAUCUAUUCCUUGUCCUACCCUGCCCUAAACCCAUUAAAAAUUUUCAAAAUUAUGUUUUGCCUCACCCUUGCCCAUUUAAAACUUCUGCUGCCCCGCCCCUUACGAGUUUUCCAUGACCUGCCCCAGUUGACGUCCCUACUUGUGAGACGACACUGAGUAUGUUGUUGACUUUACUUUAUAUGACAUAAUAAAAUAAGUCUUCUUAAAUCAUUUUUGAUAAAGUUUCUCAUGAGACAAUUUGGCUUACAUAUCAGCCAAUGUUUAGAUAAACUGAAUUAGACGAGUCAUAAUGGACUAAGUUAAUAAAUAGGCAGGUUAUACAUGUCCGAAGCUUAGAAGGGUUGCGCGAGUCAUGUUUUCAUGGGCUAAUUGUGCCACCCCUAGUAAUCUGUUUGCCUAACUAAAUGUUACUACAGAAUUACAGAUAAAUGAAUGUUUCCUGGUUUGUUAGUUCAUUAGCUGGAGCAGUGUUUAUCGUUUGUUUCUAUAUAAUAAAUGAAUCUACUGUCUUUGAGUUACUGAAUCCCUUUCAUUGGAUGGAAUCAAGAAUGGCUCUCUCAUUAGAGGACUUCCUUGUUCGUGCCGGAGUACUAAAGCUGUACCGACAUGCUCUGAGAAUCUCAAGGAGAGCACCUUCUCAUGCUAGAGCUGAUUUGAGGCAGAUUAUAAGACAAGAGAUGGAGAAUAAUAGGAAUUGCAACGAUAAGCAGAGAAUUCGGUUCUUGAUUAGUGAUGGAUUGGAAAGAGUGAAACGUUUGAAUGAGACGCUUGAUAUGCAAGGCCAUUGAUUUAACUGUAAUGUGUAUAUGGUAUAGCUUACAUCUUGCAACACUAAUACUGUUUUCACCUCUCAGAUUAAUCAGAGACGUGCUGCAAACGUAGGUGGUUCAUGCGCUUUAGCCAUCUCUGCUGGGUUUAUGCCCGUUGUCGCCUGUCAGACCUUAUUGUUUUCCAACUUACCUUAUGCAAGGGUCUUCACUGAUCCUCUAGUAAACAUAUGAUUUUGAAGAUCUUUUCUGAUCCUCUUGUAAACAUACUGAGAGUGUACUGCUCCAAGUCUCCAACAGCUAGAACUAGAAAAGAAUUCUAUAAUAUGUAACUCUCAAGGUUCAGAGCUGCUUAAAUUUCUUGUGUCCAUAUUGUUUGUGGAGGAAUGUGGUUAUUCUCAAUAUUCAAGCUUAUAAUGUUUCAA